CGAGAGCGCCUCCUUGCCUCUAUAACAGACAACAUGCACAGUUACAAAAGGGUGUAUACUUCUGGAAAGGAAAAGAAAUUAGCCUUGUCUCUUGAGCGGUAUGCGCAUGAAGAGGGGCUGUAUUUCAAAGAAUUUUUAUUAGUUUUGUGCCAUUGAUCCCAAAGAUAAGAUGAAUUGAGGAUCGAUCUACUCCAACUAAAAGUGGGGAACAUUUUGCCAGCUAUUCUUUAAUUCUUCAAGACAUAUGAGUGAAGAGGGACUUGUGCAGUCUGCAUCUACUGCUUGCUGGGCCGAAGAGACUGAAGGAGGUUUGCAGUAGACCAAUAUCAUGGUGGUAUCACAUGCUGAAUAAUCUUUGGAGUGUCGCAACUCGUUAGAAGCAGGAAAGAUGUCAUCUUGUCGAAUCGGCCAUAUACUCCUGGCAGUGAUAUGCAUUUUUCGAAUACAAUGUGGAGAAAGUAUAUCUGCUUCACUCGAUCCUAUAGACCCUGAAAUCCAGGUCGGAAGUUCUCUUACUCUCUCCUGCACCCUUCAUAACGGAAAGAAUGAGAAUAGAUCAUCUCAGUCAAUACAAUGGAGAAAAGGCUCCACCCCUAUCCCAGCAUCUCAGUACACCACGCCCAAUGCAUCGACGUCACUUCUUCAUUUGCAUAAUGUCACAAUCGAAGACGCGGGAAAAUACUACUGCCAAUUCAAAGAUGAUGACGAUCGGUCGAGAAGGCCAGGCGUCCACGUGUUUAUCGGAACGCCACCCCAACCUGUGGACAAUAUAACAUGCGAGGCCCCAACGUUAACAACAUUUUGGUGCACAUGGGACAAUCGCCACCACACUACUACAAAUCUAGCUGUCACAGACACACUCGAGUUCAAACCAUACAACGAAGAUUCCUGGCGAACCUGUAGGAAUAGGCGUACAGAACAGAAUAGAUGUGAAGCAAGCUGUCAAGACUGUCAUGACACAUUUGAAAUACGUGUAGUUUCUUCCAAUGUGCUGGGAAAGUCUCUCAGCGAACUGUCUUCAUUUUACUUCGGAGAAAUUAUUCGUCCCAAUCCUGUUACUGAUCUCAGCGUAACUGCACUCGAGCCAGGAUGUUUAACGGCGUCCUGGAAGGACCCUGUUGGGUGGAUGAACGGGUCUCUGUUCUUGACAUACUCAAUCAGGUUCCGAGACCUGGAUCAUCCAACCUCGGAUUCACAGUGGACCGAGGAGGAGUAUAUUUUAUCUCAACACUACAAACUCUGCGACUUAAGGUCUUACUCUACAUAUGAAGUAAUGGUAUCAUCAUCGACUUACUUAAACCUAAAUGAUAUGAGAACAUGGUCUAAACAUGUUACAGCAAGAACGCUAGCAACAGCUCCAUCAGCAGCACCCCGAAACCUCACCUUGAACGAAUCUUCAGAAAAUCCAAAUUGGAUCUCAGUCACAUGGUUUCCAGUGGACCCCAUGGAAGAAAAUGGCAUCAUAUUCGGUUAUAUGAUCUAUUCCUGCGAACUGAAUGGGUCCUAUCCACAUACCUAUGUUAGGGAUUCUGUCAGGAGUAGCAGAGACUCUCAGGAAUGGGCAUCUCAUCUCUGCUUAGAUGAAAUAAUCGUGGAAAACAUUACUGUCGCCACAGAGGAGCAGGAAGACAUUCCAUUAGAAUACACCUUAAUCAACUCUGAAGCAGGGCAGAGUUACCUGGUCUGGGUGAGCGCUGUAAAUAUGAGAGGAGAGGGACCCACGACUGAACCCGAAAUGAUUGCUCUACCAGCCGUUCCAGAAAGUAGUAGAAGAAAAGGACGAACCGGCGGUAUGAUCGUGUCAGCUAUAACUCUCUGCCAAGUGAUGUUCAUCAUUGGUCUUGGAUUGUGUUGCUGGCAUAUUGGGAUUAAUCCGUUCAAAAAAAAUCCACGUCUACCUCAACCAUACAUCCCACCAGAAGUCCUCGCCAUGAAGAAAGAAGCACUGACUCCUCGGCCGCCCUGCUCCAGUGAAUAUUUUAACGAAAUUCGUGAGUUCAAGGAAGACAAGUCGUUACUCGAAGACCAUUCUCAGCGUUCUCCAACAAUGGUUAGCAACAGCGGGGGUUCGAGCGUCGAUCACGGUUUCUAUGACAUGCAGAGCAGUAGCAGUAACAGCGGCAGUGGGUCAUCAUCGUGUUCGUCUUCUCAGUACAAUUCUUCCAACUAUCACGAUGUGUCUACCUUGGGUUGCAGGGUGAAGUUAACAAGCAAUAAACAAGUUCUUCUGAUGAAAGAUCCGGAAACAGGUUAUUCUGUGGCAACACCAGCAGCUAAAUGCGGUAUAACUUCAGAAAAGGAAAGCAUGGAACAGUUAUUGAUCAAUAAUGGGAAUUACAACAUUGAGGAAGCAGAUGAGGAAGAUGAAGACAGCUAUGGUUAUGUAAAUCCAAACGAUGUUGAACCUGGUACACUAGGUGUGUCAAGAUUAAUCUUAAAGGGAAACGUGUACGAUCAACCUACCAAGAGGAUUAGAUUCCAAUCUAGUCAAAGUGAUACUCCCACUGUCUUGACCUCGUCGAGUGAUCAGGGUUUCGGGAGUGCAGACAGUGAUCCAGAUUCCCGGCAGGUCAGUCCUACGGAAACGACUUCCCCCAUGUUCACAGAGUUCAUACCUUCGAAUCUGGACAUGCUGCAUGCACACGUUGACUUGAAAGAUAGAACAGAUUACUUUGGUCUGGAUGAAAUAGAAAGCAUUUGCAGUUCAAUGGCGUCAUCACGGUAUCGGUCUUCUAAUGGUGACAACUUUCCCUACAACUUACCUCAGUAUCGUAGGAAGUCCAAAUCAUCUAACAAGAGCUUUGGAAGUGAAAGUGACAUCUUUUCAGGAUAUAUGUGUAUGUCGACCAAAGAGGAGAGCGACACUGACUAUGGCUACGUCUCAAAGGACCAAUACGGUUGUGCACAGCGAGGUGACGAAAUUACCUUUUUACCUGUUCAAGAACAAAAAAGUGCCAUGUCAACUUACGAUGCGAGUGACUUCUACUCAGAAUCAGAUUCUUCUGUAAACGAAAGAAUGAAAACAGUACUCGUCUGCGAUACAUCUCCAGUAGAUAUCCCUAGUGAAGUAAGUCGUCUCCGUUCCACCUGCAUUAAAAUACCAAACCCGUCAUGCCCUUCCUCAACGACAUCUUCACCUUGCACCUCUGUAGCUUCUUCUCCGAACUCGUCUGUGUCUGAGGUUCCUUCCGAUGAUGCAGACAGACAGAUCAUCCUGGCAAGAGAUGUUGAGGAAGACUCCUCGAAUGGCCAACUUAGGAAGGGAGGAUGCGUGUUUAAGAAUGGCCAUUAUGUCUCCCAUGAGGAAGCAAGCGAGAUGUCUGCCAUUCAUUGUGGCAGUAUAAACCCUGAAACAAUAUCAAAAGAAAUUCCACCGGGAUCGUCUCCAGGCAUGGUUUCCAAAGAAGACAACCCUCCAAUGAGACAACCACAACGCCAAAAUGUUUGCGAAAUAUUGGUUACCGAUCCUGUGUCAGGAUACGUCCGAAAUGCAGUAUUUUCUUAGCCUCAAAUUAUCACUGUACUGAUAAUCUUUUCAAAGAUUUAAAAAAAAACACGAUUAUAUCUUUUCGUGGCUAAUAUAUUUUUAAAGGAAUCGUAGAAAUAGAAUUUAGUAAAGAUUCUUUUUAUUCCUGUAUUCAGCUUUUUUUAUAUUUACCUAUUACUAUUUACUUACUUAUUCCCGAUCUCCUUAUACCAUGUUUAUAAUCCAUCUAUCUAUUUUCCUAGUAACGAAGGUGGUAUGUGACUUCUUGUUAGGUAAAAUCGUAUUACAAUUAACGUGUCCAAGUUUGUGUAAACGGAGCAACAAUGCUCGAAUUAAGAAUUUAAAGGGGCAAGGCCAUUUUUUAAAAAGGCACUUAAGGAAAAGGGCAGGCAGUUUUCACUUUAUGGGACAUCCAAGGCCGCCAAAAAAAGGGCAUCAAUAAUAAAUGCACUUUUCAAUGGGGCACAUGCACUGGAUUACCGCAGGGCACCAAGG